GCUAAAUGACCAACAUCCGCCUCCGUGUAGCGCUUCACCAAUGUCAUCGCCACCGCAACUCCAUCUGCUUCAGACAUCUCAAGUCUCUCCCCCGCCCGGGACAGUAUCCGAGUCCAUUUUGCCCCUCACCUUCUUCGACAUACUAUGGUUGCGAGGUGGAGCAGUGGAGCGAGUCUUCUUCUACCGUCUCCCCUACUCCACCUCCUAUUUCUGCGCCUCCGUCAUCCCCGACCUCAAUUCCUCCCUCUCUCUCGCUCUGCAGCAGUUCUACCCUCUCGCCGGCAAGAUCCGAAGGUCCCCCGGGCCCGAUGACGACAAGUACUAGAUCCGUUACGUCGACGGCGACUCCGUGUCGUUCACUGUGGCCGAGUACGACGCCGACUUCGAUGAGGUCUCCGGUGACCACGCACGUGAUGUCGGCUCGCUGCUACCGUUGCUUCCCCGGCUAUCGGGGUCCGACGACGACGGCGUGCCGGUGCUGGCCUUGCAGGUGACCGUGUUCCCGAACCAAGGCGUGGCCGUCGGAGUGGCGGUGCACCACGCCGGAUGCGAUGGCUCGAGCUCCAUGCGGUUCAUGUUCUCGUGGGCUUCCACAUGCGCGGGGCCGAGAAGCUCGGCGGCGGUGGUCGCGACGCCGCCCGUCUUCGACAGGAGUUUGGUUUCUGUUCCUCGUGAUUUGUACUCCAUUUUCUACAGGUACUAUGGCCAGCGUGCUGACUGGAUCAUCCACGAGGAUCCACCGGUGGACAUGGUCAUCGCUUCGUUCGCUCUUAAAAGAGAUCACAUCCGAAGGCUGAAGGAACUGGUUUCCGCCGAAGCCGGAGCCAUGGAGGGAGGCGGCGCAUCCCUCCGCUGCUCCACCAUCAUGGCGACCUACGCUUACGUUUGGGUGUGCCUAGUCAAAGCACGAGCAUACGGAAGCGACCGGACAGCCCACUUCAUAUUUGCUGCCGACUGCAGAGGAAGGCUGAGGCCCCCUCUGCCGGCGGCGUACUUCGGGAACUGCAUCGGCGCCUGCUUCGUCGAAGCGAAGGCAGGCGACCUCCUACGAGAAAAUGGGGUCGUCUCGGCGGCGAAAGCUAUUGGCAAAGCCAUAGAAGAAUUCGCAGACGAUCCUUUACGAGGUGUAGAGACAUGGCCCGAGAGAAUCAAGUCUAUCGUGCCUCGACAACCAUUAAGCGUGGCGGGAUCACCCAGGUUUCGGGUGUACGAUCUGGACUUUGGAUGGGGAAGGCCGAAGAAGGUGGUGAUAACCUCCAUCAUGAGGUCAGGAGCCAUGUCUAUGGCGGAGAGCAGAGAAGAAGAGGGUGGGGUGGAGAUUGGUUUGGUGCUACCCAAGCAUGAGAUGGACCAGUUUGGGACUUGCUUCUCCGAUGGCCUUGAGCAAUUGCACUAAACCUUGUUCUAAAUAGCAAAUAAAGAACAGCAUACAGAGUAUAAUGAGAGUUCUCGCCAGCCUUUUUUGCUGGGAAAAGAAAAUUGCAGCUGAGAAUAAAUUAAAAGGCAAAAUCGUGUAGGAAUUAAUAUGAGUCUAUGUUAUGCUUGUUUGCAUCAAUGAAUUUAUCCUGCUUUAAUAACAGAUGAAUUUUACUUUCU